GUUACAGUUCUAUCAAGUUGCCGUUGCUGCUAAUUCACCGCGCAUGGCUGCUGCAGCAGCAAACCAAUCUCUUUCAUCUUUAAUAUUAAAAUUACCAUUCUCACCUUUCAUUAGUAAGUCUACAACGUCUAGAUAUCAUUCAAAUUGCUGUUAUAGGAACAGAAUCAAUGCAUGUAUCGGUGCCAAAGAACUUAGAAGCACUGACCUGGUUGCUAUGGAGUAUGCUGACCUUAACCUUAGUCAUAUCAUUUCUGGGGAACUGGGUCAUGUUAGAGUCAGGCAGCAUGUAAACCCUCUGAGUUCCUCUUUUUCUGUGCCAGCGCGAAUACCUGACUGGAAAGAAGUUUUCAGGGACCCAACCUUACCACUCAUGGUGGAUAUUGGAAGCGGAAGUGGCAGGUUUCUCAUAUGGCUUGCAAAAAGGAAUCGAAAUAUAGGAAAUUAUUUGGGAAUUGAAAUACGGCAGAAACUGGUCAACCGUGCUGAACAUUGGAUAAAAGAGCUGGCUCUUGAUAACCUACAUUUCCUCUUUGCAAAUGCCACAGUUUCCUUCAGACAAUUGGUUGUUGGAUACCCCGGACCCUUGAUGUUUGUUUCAAUUUUGUGCCCUGACCCUCAUUUCAAAAAAAGGCAUCAUAAGCGAAGAGUUGUGCAGAAGCCAUUAGUAGAUUCUAUCAUCAACAAUUUAGCGCCUGGAGGAAAGGUUUUUGUGCAGUCUGAUGUGCUUGAGGUGGCCCUUGACAUGAGGAAUCAGUUCGAUGCAGAAUCAGAUAUGCUUCGACACAUUGAUGAAACUGACCUAAGCAUGUUGUGUGACAAAGAUGGAUGGCUAUUGAAUAAUCCAAUGGGAAUAAGGACUGAAAGAGAAAUCCAUGCAGAAUUUGAAGGUGCAAAAAUUUAUAGAAGAUUGUACCAAAAGCGGACUUCAUAAUAAGUAAGUUGUCUACUAUUGAUAGCUUUCAAGUUUGUGUGGCAGAGAGACUUGAAAGUUCUUUUCAAGCUCAUGCUUAAGAAACUUUUGGAAAUGUACUAUAAUUUAGAGAUUAAUUAGAGAGGGAUUUUUUAUUCACAUUUUAUUUUUCUUGUUGCAUUUGCUGCCUGACGACUUGGCCAUGAACUGAGCAAAUGGAAACAAAAAAUUUCAAAUU